AUGCCCGCACCCACCCGCCGCAUCGCGCAGAUUGUCCACCUCAAACCCGCCGCGGUCGCAGCGUACAAAGAAUGCCACGCCAACGUCUGGCCCGAGGUGCUGCGGCAGAUCCACGAGUGUAAUAUCCGGGAUUAUUCCAUCUUCUUCGACAACGAGCGGACGUUGUUCGCGACGUUCAAGUAUAUCGGGGAGGAUUAUGAGGGGGAUAUGGAGCGGAUGCGGGCGAAUCCCAAGGUGCGCGAGUGGUGGGCGAUGACGGAUGGGAUGCAGGUAUGUGAGAUUCCUUCUUUGUUCUCUCUCUCCCUAACGGAGGGGAGUCCAAUCCCUGGGGCUGUGGGUAGUGCUGAGGGUCCGGGUUGGUGGAAGGUGUUGGAUGAGGUGUUCUAUACGGAGUAG